GACUGUCGCAAACCAGUGUCGUCUGCUGUGGAGCUGCUGCGCUGUAGCUCAGUGUGGGAACUUAGCCGGUUAAUUCACUGAUCGUCUCUUGUUAGAUGUUUCUUUUUUAAAGUGCCGGUUGCUUAAAAACCAUUUUGAAAAACUACGAAAGGCAAGACCGAAGGCAGAAGUACGACCAGCAAGAAUGUUUAAGAAAUUUGAUGAAAAGGAAAAUGUUUCAAACUGUAUUCAACUGAAGACCUCAGUAAUCAAAGGCAUUAAGAAUCAGCUCCUAGACCAGUUUCCUGAUAUUGAUGCAUGGCUGAACCAGAUAAUGCCCAAAAAGGACCCCGUCAAAAUCGUGAGAUGUCAUGAACAUAUUGAAAUUCUGACAGUAAAUGGAGAGCUGCUGUUCUUCAGACAGAGAGAGGGACCAUUUUUUCCCACCCUCAGACUCCUACACAAGUAUCCCUUCAUUCUUCCACACCAACAAGUUGAUAAAGGAGCUAUCAAAUUUGUUCUAAGUGGAGCCAAUAUCAUGUGCCCCGGGCUGACGUCACCAGGAGCCAAACUCUACCCUGCUGACGUAGACACAGUAGUUGCCAUAAUGGCAGAAGGUAAGCAGCAUGCACUCUCUGUAGGAGUCAUGAAGAUGUCUGCGGAGAACAUAGAGAAGGUAAAUAAGGGGAUUGGAAUUGAGAACGUUCAUUACCUCAAUGAUGGACUGUGGCACAUGAAGACGUACAAGUAAUGGAACCCCCGGAAUGUGACAGAAUCUCUGAACUGCUAUCAUCAGUAAACCAGUCUACUGCACAUCAUUGGACUCCACAGCAAAUCACACCAAAAGUUUUGAAUUAACACCAUUUUGAUGCACAAAUAAAACCUGCAUUCAAGUUA